AUGCUGCAUCAGGAACGUGAUACCGACCCUGAUCAGCAACCUGAAACCAACCCUUAUUUUCGCCCACUGUCACUAGACCAACGUUCCCAGCGCCCCCCAUCGCAAGACCAACGUUCCCAGCGCCCACCGUCACAUGACCAACGUUCCCAGCCACCCUUUGCACAGGGACAGCCACCCAAUCAAUGGCCACAACCACCUUCCAAAAAGGGAAAAAAAUCCAAGCAGGGUGGUCAAGAGCAACGCCAGCCAUCGCGUCCACGGCAACAAGAUCAACAGUCCCCUGGGUCUGCAGAUCAUUUUCCCCUGAAUGCUGCUCUGCCAUCUAGCCAAUCGAAGCCAAAUCAGCAACGUCUCAACUCACAAGACCCCUCUUCACCGCCACCUGUCCCAUCUACACUGCCUUCUGGCCAAAGGACGCAAAAUGAGCAGGCCCCGCCACAUGGGUCUUCAUCGCCACCUAACUGGAGGCAACAUCCGCAGCGCCAGGGUCAAUACCAAUCAGGCCUGACGAUAUUGCCACGAGAGCAUCAUCAUCGACACAAACCUUUAACGUGGUUUCUUGCAGUGUUCUGUGCAAUUCUUUGGGUUGUCAUAAUCGUAGGAGGCCUAAUUGUCCUCAUAGUCUAUCUUGUUUAUCGGCCACGGCUCCCCCGGUUUGAUAUAUCUGCUGCCACCUUGAAUGCAGCCUAUCUUGACAUGGGUUAUCUGCUCAAUGCUGAUGUUACUAUGCUCGCAAACUUCUCAAAUCCAAACAGGAAAGUGAACGUUGAUUUCAGUUACAUGUACAUUGAUCUAUACUAUGGAAGUACCCUUAUUGCUACUCAAUAUGUUCCACCAUUCUAUGCCACACGGGCCCAAUCCAAGUUUGCUUAUAUUCAUAUGGUGACUAGUCAGGUUGGGAUUCCACUGGUAGCAGCCCGAAGGCUUAAGAAGCAGAUAGAAGCCGAAGGGGUCCAGUUUCAAGUGAAAGGUUAUUUCAGGGCACGAUCUACUUUGGGGAGGCUCCUAAAAUACUCGUAUUUGUUGCAUACUCAUUGCUAUAUUCUCAUGUCUGGACCUCCUACCGGGGCUUUGAUUAGGAGCGAAUGCAGAACGAAACGCUGA